AUGACUGCUGCACCGCCUACGAUCAUCAUUCCCAUAAUUAACAUCGACGUUAAUGAUCUUUUACAAACGAUACAAAGCAUGUUGGCUUGUCAUCCGUUCCAAAUCUUUCUCGUUACUCGAGAGAGUGAAUACGGAAUUCUCCAAAAGUUUGCAAAAUCAAUAAAUGCAGAUCUCAAAGUCCUCAAGGUUCCCGUUGCUAAUAAGCGUCGUCAACUUUGCCAGGCUAUUCCUCUGGUUAAGACGAAAAUCCUGGUUUUGGCUGAUGGCGACGUAAAAUGGCCCUCUACAAUUCUUCCUUGGCUACUAGCACCAUUUGAAGAUCCAAAAAUAGGCGGAGUUGGGACAAGUCAGCGUGUAACACGUCCCGAGAGCGGAUCAUUUAUAGAGCGAUGUUGGAAUUGGUGGGGUAGAGCUUAUAUCGAGCGGCGCAACUUCGAAAUAUCGGCAACACACUGGAUUGACGGCGGCACUUCAUGUAUGUCUGGAAGGACGCAUGCCGUUCGAACUGAGAUCUUAAAUUCUCGUGCCUUCUUAUCGGCAUUCCAGGAAGAAAGAUGGGGAGAGCAUCUCCUCAAUGCCGAUGACGAUAAUUUCGUGACACGCUGGCUGUUCGCGAAUAGAUGGAAAACUUGGGUCCAGUACAAUCAGUAUUGCGAGGUUGAAACCACCCUUGAGAACAGUUCUAAAUUUCUCAAGCAACUGCACCUUUGGUGUUUAUACGCUUUGCACCUCACUAUGUUUAUAAACUUUGCUCUUAUUAUUGAUCCAUUGCUUUUUUGGCUAUGCUGUCAAUGUACUGCAUCUUACUGGUACCGAGCCGCGUUCCUGAUCUGGUUGUUCAGUUCCAAGGUUGUCAAGUUAAUCGGGCUCUUUAAAUGCAACCCUUGGGAUAUCUUCUUCUUACCACUGUCGAUUCUCUUUGGCUAUUACCACAGUUUUAUCAAAAUCUGGGCGUUCUUAACUCUUCAUCAGACAAGUUGGAGUCAGUAG